UGGAGAUUUACAAUAAUGCCAGAGAUGGACAAUAAUUGUGACAUGACGGAGUUCAGGAAAGGUCAUCUGUCCAUCACGCUCCCUUGUCUGGACACUUUCACUUUUGACUGGGGAGGAGGCUAUGGGAUUGUAUUGGAAAGACAACAGGUGAUGGCCCACAAACACAUCCCAAUAGAAACCUGGCUGGAGGCUCUAGGGCUGAGAGAGUAUGAGGAAAUAUUCACUGGGUUUAGUGGGGUGGAGGAUUUGCUGAAUUUGACCGAGGCUGAUGUUCGAGACCUAGGGCUUAAAAACAGUGCACACAGAGCCAAAAUUGUGUCCAGUCUCCGCAUACUUAAAGAAAAAUAUGAACGAGGUUACCGCAAGCCUCGAGUUAUACAAAGAAGUCACAGUGCUUCUGCUCAACUCUCCUGCUCGCCUAAUAACAAUUUUCCGGACUAUCAAGUGGUGAACAUAUCUCCGGAGAGAUUAGAGCAUGAUUUAAUCGGUGAACUGCAGGCAGAUCCCUCGGAACUAAGACACUGGCCCUGGUAUCAUGGAAGUAUAAGUCGCCAGCAUGCCGAGAAGACCCUGAGCCACAAUGGGGAUUUUCUAGUGAGGGACUGUAUUUCACAGCCCGGUGACUUUGUACUAAGCUGUUGCUGGAGAGGUGUUCGUUUACAUUUUAUCAUUAAUUCACAAAUCACGGAAAGGGAUAGUCAUAUUCCAGAGAUUACUUAUUCCCUGGAAGAGGAUAAAUUCUGUUCAGUGCAGGACCUUGUGCAAUUUUAUAUGUCCCAUAGGAAGUGUGUGACAAAAACUUCAGGUGCUUUUUUGUUAAACCCAAUUGGAAGGACAAUGCCACUAAGUUACUAUGACAACAAAUAUGGAUAUUCAGGAGGAAGUCCUGUGGGGGCAUUGUUGACCCCUGGGCAUGGUGCAAAUGAAAGAGGAAGUCCCUACAGUUCUCCACAUACAUCUCCAAAAGGUAGUCCUCGAUUACAGAGGAGACCAUUCAGAACUGGCAGCCAACCAAUACUCAAAAUGGACAGUGCUCAAAAUCCAGCUGGUGGAACUAUUGACAGAUCUGAAAGUACCCCCAGUAUUAAACAGUUAUCACCUAGUCCUGGGGGUACCAUGUCUCCAGCACUUCAGAUUCAACAUCAGAGGUCGGGGAGUGAACCCAUGAUGAACCCUGACGGUAGUGUGUCCCAAAAUACUCCAAAGUCCCAUUAUCUGUCUGUACAGCCUAGAAUGGCUCCCUCAACAUCAGACAGUCAUCUCAACAAACCCCCACCCCCUAAACCCAGCAGGAUCCCCUCCGUCAAAUACAUUGGAAAAGAUCGUCCAAAAAUCACCAUUAGAAAUAAGGAAUUAUAUGAGGACGAUGAUAGAGAUUAUUCUGACUACUAUCAGGUGAGAGAAUCACCAAGCUGGCUCAAAAAAUGUCAGCCACCUACAUAUAGUGGCAACCUGAACAAUAACUACCAGCCUUCUAACAAUGAAGGGGAUUAUGACAAUAAUUUCAAUAGUGUUCAUUUUGAAAACAAAUAUGCAAAGGACAAUCCGGAAACACUUACCAUAGAGUUACCCGAAAAAAUCAAGAAAAAGUCUGAUACCCAGUUUCCUGUGUUGGGGGGUAGAGACUAUGCUGAGAUCCCAUCUCCCCUCACUCCCAAAGGGAAUCAGAUUCAGGUCAUCGGAGAGGAGGAAGUACAAAUGAGGAAAAAGACAAUAAAGGUACCAGAAAUCAACUCUCACACAAGCUUAAAACCAAAUGAGUUCAAAUCCUCAUUAAUUCACUCAGACAAUAAACCCUUGGAGCCAUCAGUUCUGUUAAAAGUGAAAGAGAUUCUGUUGGAUAAUAAUUCUCAUAGAUUGGCAGAACACAUGACAAAGGUAGAUCUGGAUUAUCUGAAAGUCGUGAAUGAUUUGGAUCUUGGAUUAGGUGUUGUGUCUGGAUUAGAGUUGAUUACUCUACCUCAAGGGAAACAACUCAGACAGAAUGUCAUUGAAAGGUGCUACUGUAUGAAAGUGUUUGUCAUGGUAAAGACCUUGACAUGUGGCACAGUGACAGAGCGAGCCAAAAUACUGAGUCAAUGGAUACAGAUUGCUGUAGAUCUGAGGGCAACGUUUGGAAACUUGUUUGGUUUUGCCAGCGUUAUGGAAGGACUUACUUCAGAACAUAUUUCACGUCUCCGUGACACUUGGCUAAUCCUGCGCCGGAAUCACACAAAUAGUGCCUUUCAAUUUGACACCAAGCUGAAGUCCGCCUACAAGUCAUUGAUGGAUGGCAGUGGGCUCCUCCCACUACAGAAUGUAUCCAUUCCCGAUAUCGCACCACUCGUGUUUCUCCUGGAGAGAGACGAGAUGAGUCUCAGCAAUUAUCUCCCCUGGGAGUUAUCAGACCAGAACAGCGGGCUUGACAUUUUACUCACACAUUUAGACACAGCUCGCCUGAUCACGGCUCAGUGUGGACUGUACAAAGUGACAGCACAAAACAUGAUGAAAACUGUGAAGUCGGAGGAUGUGAUCACUGAUGCCUUUCAAACAGAAUUUCAUUUAAGGAUGUUAUGGGGAGCUAAAGGUGCUAGUGUUGAUAGAAAUGAAAGGCAGAAUAAAUAUGAACAGUUACUGGCGGUGUUGUCAAAUAGGGCAGAGCCGCCAGGGGAUGAUGGAACUGCCGUAUAAAUGACAGACGGGGUAGAAUAAAUACGAAGUUACUGGAGGUGUUGUCAAAUAGGGCAAAGCCUCAGGGGGAUGAGGGAUUGCUGUAUUAAUGUACUAUACUCUGGUAUUGCAUGGGAUCACUAUUAGCUAAUCAUCCAAAGAAUAUACAUAAAUGUUAUGUAUGCAGCAAAUGUUACUGUUAAUUGAUUUGUAUUCUUCUUGUAAUAAACUAUACAAUUCGU